AUGCCGAAAGUCGCACCGGGUGGCAUCCUUACGGCAGAAGGAGCCGUGAACGGGUACUCGGUCAACGCAAUUCCCGACACUGGUGCUAGCUGCAACUUGGUGUCUUCCUCGCUUGCCAGGCGACUCGGUUUUGAGCCGCCAUCCGCCCUGUCAGAGAAACAUACGGGCCUCCGCCUGGCCAACGGCAAGACCAUCAUGAGUGCUGGUGCCAUUAAUGCUCUAUGGACAUUUGCGCAUGACCCUGAACGACACUGGACCAUCACGUUCCAGGUCAUCAGCGAUUUCGCUCAUGAUAUCGUCUUAGGAAGCGAGUUCCUUGCAGCUUCGGGCACAAUGAACCAACACCGUGCGCGAUUGAGUAAAACCCCUCGACCUUCUUGGGCAACCUCGCUUCUUUUUACAAGCAGUAUCGGGUCUGUCAGUCAGCGGCUUCAAGGAACAAUCGACGGUAUUACGGUCCAGGCACUCGCCGACUCAGGUUCCGAGUCAAAUCUCGUCUCGCUCAGUUUCGCGCGCAGUCAUAGGCAUUGGCAUGGUACUAUCAACUGGAGGGACCAGCGUCUUCUGCGAUUUCCUGACGGCAAGUUCGAGAAGACAAUGGGCUCCGCAUGGGCACAUUGGGCGCCCUUGAGCCAGUCAAAUUCUCCUUCAAGCUGUGAUGAUGCGGCCUUCCAAUUCCACAUUCUUGAGAGUUGUAUCCAUGAUGUAAUCUUGGGUCAGGAUGCGCUCGAAGAGAUUGAAGCCUUCACCGAACAUGCUGCUUCGUUCGUGGAGUCCGACCGAGGCCCAGAGCCAGCGGGGUUCAAUCUGGUCAUUUGGAUCCCUACAAAGCGCCCGAAGAUGGGCGAAGUCAUGGACGUUGGCGCCACACCUCGGCAGAACCAGCAGGCCUCAAACGAGCAUCGGAACCUUUUGCCCCAAAAUCAGACAUCGGGGAACCUCCGGGGCUUGAGAUCUUCCAAGUCCAUAUGGGCUGAGAUGAAGAAGAAGAGAUGGAUGAGUUUCGAAAGGGACAGAGAAUGCAGGCGACGGACUGAUAUCGUGGCCAUUCGGGCCAUGGCUCUAGGCCCCGAGAGAGAUGCCGCGGUAGCAGAGGAACAAGAGUUGCGCCGCGAUUUCGAUGCUAGAGAUAGUACACACUCGGCCAGCGACGCCAUGGAACAGACAUACGAACCGCCUGGGGAUCCCAGGACAACUAUUUUAUCCACAUUCAUGAAAGAAGAAAUGGCAUCCGAGGCUGGGUUUCACCAACGUACACGUGAGUCGCGGUUCUUCUCUCGCUGA